GCGAAAACAGACAUUUGAAGUGAGAUUCAGCAAAACCCUAGCCUUUUUAUAUUUUUGCUAACUCUUACUCUCUCGCUUCGCUUCUCUGAAACCCUAGCUUUCACAAAGUAGCAGCCUCAUCAUCCCGACCCAAAAUCCCAAUCAACAAUGCCGCCGAAGCUCGACCCCUCCCAGGUCGUCGAUGUGUACGUCCGAGUCACCGGAGGUGAGGUCGGUGCCGCGAGUUCACUCGCCCCAAAGAUCGGUCCGCUAGGUCUCUCGCCGAAGAAGAUCGGAGAAGACAUAGCGAAGGAGACUGCGAAGGACUGGAAGGGCCUGCGCGUGACGGUGAAGCUGACUGUGCAGAAUCGUCAGGCCAAGGUGUCGGUGGUGCCAUCGGCGGCGGCUCUGGUCAUCAAGGCUCUGAAGGAGCCGGAGCGUGACCGGAAGAAGACGAAGAAUAUCAAGCACAACGGGAAUAUCUCCCUCGACGACGUCGUUGAGAUCGCCAAGGUUAUGCGCCCUAGGUCCAUGGCCAAAGACCUCAGUGGCACCGUCAAGGAGAUUCUCGGCACGUGCGUCUCUGUGGGCUGCACGGUCGAUGGGAAAGACCCUAAGGAUUUGCAGCAGGAGAUCUCCGAUGGUGACGUGGAAGUCCCUCUGGACUGAGAGAGAUAGAGAGAGAGACAGAGAGAGAGAGAUAGAGGUUCUUCUUCUAUUUUAAUUUUGAAAAAAACAAAAUCGGAUAUUUUGGGAAUUUUGUGAUAUUUCAAGGUAAUUAGAUGAAUUGGAUGGAUAAUUAUUUAGUUUUUUCUUAUGAGGAAUUAUGCUGUUUGAGUUUGAUUUAA